AUGGCUGUAAUUCUGAGAAAUGGUAGAGAUCUUGAUCUAGAGCAAGAAAUUGCUCGAGCAAGACGAUCAACUGAAAUACUUGUGCUAGUACCACUUGAUAUAGAUGAGUCACUUGAUUUAACAGAGGUAACAGUGCAACAGGCCCAAGAGGAAACUAGCAAAGAAAAUGAGAUGGCAAAGGAGACUUAUGCUGUGGUGGCAAGACCAGUAUCUGAAAAGCUAUCCGACCAUGGAAGUUUCACAAUUCCAUGCACCAUAGGCAGUUAUGCUUUUGCUAAAGCAUUGUGUGAUUUAUGGGUGAGCAUAAACUUGAUGCCAUUGUCUAUCUAUAAAAGGUUAGGCAUUGGAAGAGAAAAACCCACAUCCAUGUCACUACAGCUAGCCGACCGAACGGUUAAGAGGCCAUCAGGUAUACUUGAUGAUGUACUUGUGCAGGUUGGAAAGUUUAUGUUCCCGGCAGAUUUUGUCAUUCUAGACUACCCGGUUGAAGAGGAGAUUCCCAUAAUUUUGGGAAGGCCUUUCUUGGCCACAGGGAGAGCUCUGAUUUAUUGUGAAACUGGGGAGCUAAAUAUGAGACUAAACAAUGAAGAAAUAAUACUCAAUGUGCAGAAGUCUAUGCGGCGACCCAGUGAUUUUGCUAAUUUCUCUCUGAUUGAAGUAGUGGAUGUGAUUCUGGAGGAGGGAGAUGAGGCACUGAAUGCAAAAGACCCCCUAGCAGCCUGCCUCAUGAACUUACAAGAGGCAGAUGGUGAGGACUUGGCGGAGUGGAUUUUGGUCCUUGAAGGCCAAGGGUACUGA